CCGUCAUAUAUAAAAAAAGACCACCGCUUGUGAGUCGUCAGGAUAUGAGUCACGUGACCACACGGGGCAAACUACGUGCAGAUCGCCUACUGGUCUGCCCCGCUACUGUGGGGUUUGGGCGAGCCUCGGUUUAGGCAAUGAGGGAAAAGGGGAAGGCGUCCUAAUCUCAACUUUAACCACAGUCGAUUCUUACCAAGCCUCAAACUAUGUCUUUUCUUACAUUAUAAAGGCGUGCCUAGUUAUGGUUAUAAUUGAUUCGUAUUUGUAUCAGCUAUAAAUAUAGAAUAUGGCGUCAAAUACCACGCAUGAUCGUCAUCGGCUCCAGUGUGAUCACCCCCGUUGCAAGAGGUCAUACUUGCGAGCAGAACAUCUAAAUCGACACAAGCUUACUCAUAAACAACGUGCUUUUGCAUGUUAUCUCUGCAACCGGCAAUUUACUCGGAAUGAUUUGCUUCAGGUCCAUCUCCGAAGACACGAGAGUAGAACCCUUGAAAAUACUGAGACCCAGCGGGAUCCUACACCGCCACAUCAGGGGCAUCGUGAUGCCUUGCUAAGAAGAACCAACCCGCUGUGGAAUGAGGGCUUGUCCAUUCCAACCUUUCACGGAAGGCCAAUCUUCGCUACGUCCAAUGUCACAGAACCAUUAGAUUCCAUAUCUCUUGAAGAGGAAUCAGCGUUUGAAAAUUCCAACUUACUACACCAUGGAUUUACUACAACCUCAGAGGAUGCUUACCUAGAAGAAUAUGAGGGUCUACAAAUAUCAGAUGAGAGCCAUAGGUCUUUGAUGGAGGAGUUCCCCGGACUUAAUUAUAUCCUAAAAGACAAGGGUGUUAUAGAGGGAUACUUCGAAUAUGGACUUACAUAUUUAGAUGCCAACAUGCCCUUCGUUCAUGUGCCCACGUUACAUAUGUUACCGCUUUCGUCUCUUCUCCUCCUGGCGAUUUGCUGUUUGGGGGGAAUACUCAGCCCGAUCUCUGAUGCCAAACAAGCAGCAAGAAUAUUCGAAAAAAGUAUUCUCCAACAGAUACAGUCUGCCAUUUUAACUGAACUAGAGCCAUCUAAUGACUCUUUACAAGUAAUGGUGAUAGUCGAAUAUAUAGGGCAUUAUUCUUCAACUGGUGAACAACAUAGAAUAGCCAAUUUAAUCCAUGAAUUGGUUAUACUUCACGUCCGACGCAAACGCCUUUCACUUCACAGUUAUGAUGCCAGCGUAUGCGGUGAAGAGUCCCUUAACGGCCGAUGGAGAAGCUGGGCACAGCAUGAAGCCUUGAUCAGAUUGGUGCAUUGCCUCUUUCUUAACAAUACUCUACAUUCCAUCCAUUUCACGUAUCCAAACCUACAGCUAGCCAGCUUGCUAAAGCUUCCUCUUCCAUGUUCAUCGAACCUGUGGAACGCCAAAACGCUAAAUGAGUGGAAAAGAGAGGUUUCCCAAAUUAAACCUGAAGUAGGAACUUGCUACCUACAAACAGCAAUGCGAAUCCUUUUAGGAGACAGUCAAAGAUCCGAUAACAGAAUAGUCCAGGGAGAUUUCGAAGAGAAUCCGUUCUCCAUGUGCAUCUUAAUACAAGGUAUUGCAUCCGCAGUAAUCGAACUCAACCAAGCGAUGCCAUCUACUUCUUCGAAUGCAGUUCGACUCCUCAAAUCAGCAGACUUCAAAGCUGCCUUAGCUCAGUGGUGGGAGCACUUCAGCAAAAUGGACGACAAAAUACGAGAAGAAGAGAUGGCCAUAUCGGCUCUCAUUUACUACCACUUUACCUACAUUCUCUUAUAUGUGGACGUUAGCAGAAUUGCGAUGGCAGCUGGUAUUCCACACGCCCACGAUAAUGCCGACCCAUUGGAACAAGAUGGCGAGGCCCAAGCAAAUUUAAAUGGAGAACGAGUUUACCCCCAUCUACUAAAAAUCUUACAACUCUGCUUGGAUGAACGACAUAAACCUUCGCUAAGGCCAUUGGAUAGAGGUUAUACUGAAUUUCUAACGGUGCUCAUAUACUCUGUGUACCUCACAGAGCUCGAAGAUCAGAAAACACGGCAACCAGAUCGAAACCGAGACAGGACAGGGGAGCAUCUUCAACCAAUCGCCCCCUUAGAUCUUAUUGCAAUGAAAAUCGAUGUACACAGAACUAUGAGGGCUGUGCAAGAUCGACUAGUUUGCAGCUCUUGGGAGCUAGGUCAAGAGGCUAGUCAAGUUCUCGACUCAAUUUUAGGAGGAACAAGUCUCAUGUGAUUUAUUUAUACGAAGAAUAAUGACUACAUGCUACUUGGUCUCUGCCGACGUGUAUAGAUACUGGUGGGCUCCUAGGUGGUGUCCGUGGCCCACCCAGUGCCUCUUUUACACACGCGAAACAUCCUCAAACUCUACUGCCCUUUCUUUGGGAGUAGCUGGAGUAUCUUCCUGCUGCGCACCACUUGAUUCAUCAUCACAUCCAGCCGCCCUAUUAAGAACCCUUUCAAUCCUCGCCUUGGGCUCGUGGAGCGUUGCCACAACCUCAUCACCAAAGAAUGCCGAAAUAUCCUCCAAUGUAACACCCUUCGUCUCCGGCAAGAAAAAAUAAUACACAAACCCAGCCGCUGCCGUGCAUACGAUGAAGACGAUAUAAAAUAAAUACCCAAUGUCGUUGUAUAUCUGGAGACCGACCUGCUGAAGAAUGACGCUAAUGACCUGCCCCCAAAAUGUGGAUAUGGCCAAUCCUUGUGCACGCAGCUUUGUUGGAAAUAUCUCGGAGAGAUAAACCCACACUGUCCCAAACAUGAAGACGGAGUACACAAAUGAAUGAACAAAAAUGAAGGCAACAGCAGCUGCUUUGCCAGCUUCGUUCGUGGAGCCGGUGUAUAGUUUCGAAAGAGGCAUGAGAAUGAUUAAAUCGAUAAGCAACGUUACUGCCCCGAUCCCUAUAAUGAAAUCAGCGGGAGACAUAAAGCUAGGGCCAAAUGAAAGACUUACACAUGGAAGUUCUUCGACCCAUUCUGUCAGCCACAAAGCCAAUGUUUACCAGGACUCCGACAAAGCCAGCGAGCCCAUAAAACCCGGAGAAAAAGAGUGUCUGAAGUCCUGGGAAUCCAAUCUGGGUGAAAAGCUGCGAUUGAUAGGCGGUAAUGACUGGUGUUCCGCCCAAAUUGUUGAAAACAGUUAUGAAUAUACCAAGUGCUAUUCUUUUCCGUGCUGAGGGGGUUUUGAAACACUCUCUAAAUCCGCCUUGGCCUUCGAUAGAGAUUUGUUCAUGCAUUUGGGUGAACUCUCUACUGACAUAGUCCUCUCCAAGCAUACCGUGGACUCUCAUAAGAACUGAUGCAGGUCAGCAGAUGAUAUGUUAUGCGUAAAAGAAAAUCUUACUUUCGUAUGCCUCCUGAUCCCGCUCUUUCUUUAUCACUGGGACGUGUUAGACCGUUUUAAAAAGGGGAGAGAGAAUUCCAUACACCACCGAGGAGAUUCUGGAAGGAAGAAUCCCCCAACGAAAAGGAUUACUGCGAACGGAGCUUGGCAGCCAAGUGGGAUUCUCCAUUGUGCAUUUCCAGUUGCGAAAAAACAUGCGUAGCCGACCCAGUUCGAGCAGAGAACACCAAAGGAGGCCAUGGCAGCAAACAGACCAACAAUCAUUCCUCUGUACUUGGGCAGGGCAAGCUCUGCAUUGUACACCGGGACUAUUGAUAGUAGGACUCCAAUUGGAAGGCCUGCAAUGACUCGACCAGCAAUGAUCAUACCGAUGUUUAUGGCAGCUGUCUGUAUAACGGUCCCGACAAUGACUGUAGCUGACUUAGAUAAACGAAUGGCAGACACUACAUUUUGCAUGCUUACCGACAGCGGCGGAUCCAACAAUGCAUCUCUUUCUUCCAAAUCGAUCUGCCAUCCAUCCGGAAGAAAGCCCUCCAAUUGCUGUUCCAGCCGUGUACGUCGAUGCUAUAGUUCCUGAAUCGGUGAGGACUCUGCCUAUUCUUAGUGAAAGGGUACACAAUACCUGUCAAAACCGCAUUGCCAAGCUUGUUGUGAAACAUAUAGAUUUUAAAGCUAGGAUGGGCGAUGGUUGUACUAAAGAUGCCUAAGUAGUUGUUAGCUCACAGCACAAGCUGUGGUGAAGCACACGUUUACCAGUAUCAAAGCCGAGUAGAAAG